GAGAAAAAAGCCCGGGAUGAGUCUCUGCAUUGCCAAGUCUCGGCAUCCCCGAACGAACGAUUCUCCUCGAAGUCAAUCCGUCGAUACAAGUACUGCAUCGGGUACUGUCUUACGAUCAGUUUGUGCUCCAUACCCUUAGGCUGGGACGUGGGGACCAUUGGAGGCUACACCGGCUCCCAGGUUUUUCAAGCAAAAUUUGGCAAUAGGCUCAUGAAAUCAACCGAACGUGUAGAAUAUACGUUCGACAAAGCAGUCCUAGGGCUCGUAGUUUCCGUUUUCAGUCUCGGAUGUGCCUUCGGCGGUUUAGCUUUGGGAAAACUUGGAGAUACAUACGGCCGAAAGGUAGGAAUAUUGGCUGCCACCUUUAUGUAUGUCCUUGGAGUCAUCAUACAGUCCGUCUCUAUCAUUGCGGAGAACUGGGUUUGCUUGUGCGGUGGCCGGGUUUUGGCAGGUUUAGGAGUCGGCUCGUUAAACGUUAUCGGCCCUGUAUUAAUUGGAGAGUGCGCUCCUUCCAGUAUCAGGGGUUUAUGCGUUUCCUUCUACCAGGUGAACUGUUCUCUCUUUAUAUUCUUGGGCCAGGUCUCCAUGAUUUUCCUCUCGAGAAACCACCUCGAUUCGAGGGUUCUAUACAGUUUACCCAUUGUUUUUCAGGCCCUUUGGGGAAUUAUUAUAACCGUAUUGUGUAUCUCCGUCUUUCCUGAAUCCCCUCGGUACUUGAUACAAAAGUCUCGCUUUGAAGAGGCUAGGGUGUCGCUCUCUCAAAUACUCCAUAAAGAGGCAAAUGACGCCGAGGUCACCGAAGAAUUAGACUACUUGUACCAAUCGAUUUCAACUAACCUUGAGGCAUCCAAGCCCACCAACAUUCUACGCCUCCUCAAAAACAAAGAAUUUUCUCCAAUGGUUCUGAUGGGGAUGAUUUUAAUGGGGUUUCAACAGUUAUCGGGGAUCAAUUACUUUUUUUACUACGGAAACGAAGUUUUCACCUCCAUAGGACUUGAAGAUACGUAUAUGUGUUCUGGUUGUCUUGGGCUAGUAAACCUUGUGUUUUCUAUUUGUGCCGUCCUUGCCAUCGAAAAGUUUGGUAGAAAAUUUGGGUUGCUAAUAGGUGCCCUAGCAAUGGCAGUUUUCAUGCUAACCUACUCGAGUGUCGGUAACUGGAACAUUUUCUCGCCCAAGGCAAAUGGGAUAUUGAUGAUAGCCUUCACCUGUUGCUUUAUUGCUAGCUUUGCCAUGACCUGGGGCCCAAUUCCUAACUUGGUAUUGAAUGAAAUUUACCCCAUCGCUAUCAAACAAACUUCUAUGUCAUUCGCGGGGUUUACGAACAAUACCUUUAACUUUAUAAUUUCUCUAUCCACCCCAGUCAUUGUGAAAAAUAUCGGAUUCGGACUUGGAUUCAUCUUUUGUCUCUGUUCCUUCUGUGGUGCUGCGUUUGUUUUAUACUACGUCCCAGAAACCAGGAACAAAACCCCAGAAGAACUUGGCAGGUUUUUUUGCAAGCUUGCCGAGCCA